AAACAUUGAUACAGGCGGUGUCAAACUUUCAAAAUGUUUCUGUUUGAAAUUUCUUUAACAAUAAUUUUCCAUGUCGUUUCAUUAACUUACUCAAUACCGUGGCCUGAGUAUAAAUUUCACGAAAUUCAUGGCCCAGAACAAGUACAUAUUUCAUAUGGCGACACGCCAAGUGAAAUGAUAGUAGUUUGGUCUACGGGUAAUAUUUCGCCGAAUUCGACAUCGUUUGUAACAUAUGGGCUAAAUUCUGACAAGUUGGAUAUGGUGGUUAAAGCCAGUGAUGCUGUUCUAACCGAGGGAAACCCAAAUGGAUUAGAUCAGAUCCAUAGAGCGGUUAUGACGGUACGUGUAUUACGGUGUCUCGAGUUUUUGUGUAUUUAAUAUUACAGUAUUAGUGUAUAAAGUGUAGUAUAGGCAUGGCCAUUCAUUGUCAUUGUUUGUGUGUGAAAAGGGUCUAGGGCGCUUCGAGUCGGGAGGUGACAGUAAAGUCACCACUAGUAUAAUCGUCUGAUGAAAAUUGGGGAAGAGACUUCGCUACUAAGUAUAUAAGGAGUUAUGUUCCUUUUAUUUUAUAUACUCUUGUUCAUCUACGGUGUAGACCCCAGAAGAAACACACCAAGGCUACCUAUGGCCAAUUUUUAUCUGAACUACCUGAAAAAUGGAUUAGAGACGUUUCUAACAAAAGGGCUCUUCUUAGAGAUUCUAGCGAAGUUAGUAUAUCCAGUAAUAUUUUGAUGAAUAUGGCGACGAACGGCCUUGAAACGUACGUAAGAUGUAGGCACGUAGCAAACGUCAGAAUGUUUGAGAUAUUUUCACUCGUAUGAAUAGACAAUGAGUUUAGUCAUGCGUAGUGAAUAGUCUAAGGCGCUGUGUGCGCGGAGCUGUGAAUAUUUUAAAGGUUUGCCGUUUGCGUACCAUUCUAACUUUUCUGACGAAAGGUUAGCCAAAAACUUUACAAAAUCUCAUUCAUUCAUUUGGGUACGUAGUCAAUGAGGUAAGGCCAAUUAAUAUCAAGCUUUACAAUAUGUAAACCAUAUAUUAUUGGCCACGUGAACAGAACGUGGGUAGAACGUGUUGUGUGUGUGGCUAAAUCGUGGUUAAAACGCGCCUGUGUCUGUCGGUGACAUUCGACCAGGCUUCGUUCGCUCAAAAUGUCGAAACUUUGAACCAGAAAAACUCUACCAUGCCAAUGAGAUGAGUAACUAAAAUGCUUGAUGUAUGUACGCAGCAAUUUCUAUAUUUCGUAAUCUGCGCUGAAUUCCUAUAUAUGGCUGCAAUCUUUUUUAUUUGUUUUUGUGCUCAGAUGUGCCUUCAGUGACCUUCAGUGACUUGGUCAACAUUUAAUAGCCUCAAGGACACAACCGGUACAGGCAUGAUUCCAAGAGCGCUUUUUCGUGGCGAUCGCGCUAAAUGAAUUAUCGCAUGCGCAGUAAAGACAUUUUGCUCAUUAGGUAUCGCGAGAAAUAAAUUUCCUUCGCCAGUGACUAGAAGUCAGUUUUACCACAGUAAAUACAGUCGCUAGUAUUAACCCAGUGUAGCCACCCGUAAUAUUCUUCAAUAUAUUGUUGAGGUUAAAUUUAAAGUCAGAAUUACCAGCAAAAUAUCGAAAAGAUAUUACUAAAUGUCCGGAUGCAUGGGAAAGAGGUUUCAUUUUUACUUUCACUAUUUCAAUUUCUUUGUUCUCUCCCUUACACAGGGUCUUAAUCCAGGUACAACGUAUUACUACCAGGUGCACACUGGAAAUCUGUCAAGUCCUCGAUAUGAGUUUGUUGCAAUGAAAGUCAGUGAGGUAAUAUUUUUACUUAUCAAAGGCCAGAUGGCAGUUUAAUUAAUAAAGUAGUAAUUGGUGAUGAUGGUCGUGAUGGUGAUGAUAGUCAUGAUGAUUAUGGUGGCGAUGAUGGUGGCGAUGGUGGCAAUGAUGGUGGUGAUUAUGAUGAAGAGGGUGUGGUGAACAUAGUGGUGAUUGAUGAUGAUAAACUGUAAUGAUCGUAAUGGUGGAAAUAUUUAACUAACCAGAGUUAACUAAGAUUAAACUACCUAUAAAAUGGUGAUUACACUACCUAAGAUUGAACUACAUAUAAAAUGCAAGGAUCAACAGGAAAACCACAUAAAUUUCAAUACAGGAACUGAUUCUCCGUUUCCUCAGGGAUUUGCUCCCAAACUGCUGGUAUUUGGUGAUAUGGGAAGGCAUGGUGGUGCUCCCAGUUUGGAAGCGUUAAUCAAAGAAACACAAUCAGGAGAAUACGCGGCAGCUCUACAUGUUGGAGAUUUUGCGUAUGAUCUCGCUUCAGAUGGUGGCGAGGUAAGCAAAUAUGUUUAUGUUGAAUUCUUAUAUAAAUGACGUCAUGAAAUUGAUGUCACGAGGUUGAUGACGUCACAUAUUUGACGAUAGAGUGAAUGGGGUAAUUCGAAAAUUUCUCAUCAAAAUUUGAGAGCAUGGGAGUCGAUGAGAGUUAGCUGUCAAACGUGAGUUGCAAGAAUCAACUCACGUCCUCGUUUCAGUGGGUCUUUACUGCAUCCAUGGAUUGUAAAAUAACUGGAUAGGAAACGUCGUGACGUCACAGUCUAAACCUAGUUGCAAAUUGGCUUUCAAAACACAAAUUAAAAUCGAAAAUAAUAACAAUUUAAAACCAAGCUUAAUGUUUGUAAAUAUGACUAAGCCACAAUAAAAGGAUAAAUCUACUUGUUGAAAUAUGCCAUGGGUAAUAAUACACAGAUUAAAUACUCUAAAUAUGCGUCGCCAUUUUCGCAAAGUACGGAAGAAAUAGGCUACUAUUGGCGACGCAAUUAUCUCUGUUGUAAACUGACAAUAAUGUAAACAAUAAAGAUAAACACUUGCCUUGUUAUUUUACAAUCCAUACUGCAUCUCCAGAGAGAACAGUUAGAACUGAUAGAACUAUCCAGUUCAUUACAGUUAGUUUAUUUUAUUUUAAGUUGAUUCGCUCUUGUAGAAACGCUGGAGCAAUGUUGGUUCGGUAUCAUGAUUAGCGUAAUCAUAUUUUCUUCACGUAUAGAACGGAGAUGAAUUCAUGCGAAGAGUUGUUCCAAUUGGGUCAACAUUACCUUAUAUGACAUGUCCUGGAAAUCACGGUAAUUCUCUCAUCUUAUUACAUAAUUCACGGAAAUGGUUCAGAAAAUAAGACUUCACCAAGCAUAGCUUCGCAUGUUAUGUUUGUCCCUAAUUGCUUUUUCUUUUUCCUAUAGAAAUUCCAUUUAAUUUCAGUCACUAUCGCUACCGUUUCGCAAUGCCACAAAUCUCUUGGCCGACGCCUUUGGAUCGAAUGUGGUAUAGUUUUAAUUUAGGAAAAGCACAUUUCAUAAGGUAGUGUACAUUAUAUAACUAAACUAAUAUAUUUAUAUUGGACUUCUCCGUUCUGUGCUGUUUCUCCUUACAGGAAUUGUACGGGCCAUCUCUUAUUGAUCCAGUGCCACCACAAGAGGAAACCUAAACUAAACUGACUUUAUUUAUAUUGGAUAGCUCUAUCAGUUCCAAACUGUUCCGAAGCUCCAAUAAUAGUAAUUAUUUACUCAACCACUGUUCCUGUUGGAGGAAAGCAGUGCACAAGAAGAAAACGUAAUAGCUAGUAUAACUACAACUGCAAAUUGCAUGAAUUGAAAUAAUAGUUAUGGAGAGACACCCCUCCUCCACCCAGGAUAGUUUAUACCGAAGAUUUAACAAAUACAUGUCUCUGUUAUUCUACCAUAGCUAUUCCACUGAAGUGUACUUCACGUACAAUCAGUCUUAUGUGGAUGCACAGAUAGAAUGGUUGAUAAAAGAUCUCACGGAAGCAAACAGAAUAGAAAACAGGAAGGAACAACCAUGGAUCAUUGCGUUUGGACAUAGACCUAUGUAUUGUUCAAAUAUUGAUGAUGAUGAUUGUACCACACCACGACCUAUCUUGAGAGCAGGGUGAGACAAUAUCGUCUACAGAAAAUAAUUUAUUUAUACUGAAGACUGGUUUACACUAUCAAAGUUUCUGUGAUCACAAUAGGAGGGGGUGACGGAAAGUAAGGUAUCAUAUUGCUGAUUAUGCUGAAAAAUUUCAAUAAAAACUGCCGAAACAACCGAAAUAUUUCAAUAUUUACAAGUAUAAGCUAUCACUUCGUGUUUACACGGCCACCAUUUUUAUUUUUUCAGCAUAAUCAGCAAUAUGAUACCUUACUUCCCAUCCCGCCCUGCAUGCAUAAACUAAAAGCUGGAAUUGCCUAUUCUAAGUGUUGAUGGAUUUGCAAGAAAUGUUUGAGGGGAACCGACAACGACUUCUUUCUGUCUUACAGCCUUGAGCCAGUGUUUAUGAAGUAUGGAGUGGAUGUGGUGAUAGAAGCGCAUGAGCAUUCCUAUGAAAGAUUGUGGCCAGUAUAUCAAGGCAAGGUGUACCAAGAGAACUACAAUAACCCUACAGCACCUGUCCAUAUCGUCUCUGGAGCGGCUGGUUGUAACGAAGCUUACGGGGUUUGUGUGAAUCCGAUGUUAGGACCACGAGGUUUGUGGCUUUCAUAGUUUCGUAGCGAGAUGUAUCGAUGAAAACUGAAAAGCUACUAUUUAGUCUAUUUAUAUCUGGUCUUGUCACCUCCACACGGGGGAAAGGAGGGAUGAGUUAUAUUUAUGGAAAUAAGUCACUAUUUCUGAUUCAGGAAGAUUACGAUUUACAUUAUUUCCUAUUGCAAUACAAAGUUUGAACAACCAUCCUAAUCUUGUUAAACACAGGAUCUGCACAAAAAGGUUCCACUUAAUUAUAUUGCCCUUCCGUUUAUUUCAAUAAUGUCUAUAUUAAUGGGCAGGAGUUUCUGCAGAAAAUCGUCAGAUUGAAAGUGUUAGUCAGUUAUAGUUAAUUAAGACGAGACUUUUUUUAUUCAUUGGUUUACGGAUCCGCCGACCGUAAAUAUUCAGAAAGUGAAAAAUAAAAAAAAAUAAAUUUGGAUGUCAAAAUUUUUACAAUUUUAGUUAAUUUGAAUUAAUUUGGGGUUCUGACAUGAAGUACACUUCAAGUGAACUUUGACUCUAGGUACUGCUGGCUCAUGUUAUCGUUGUGACAAUCAAUAUGUAGAUUAGCCACGUUUUUUGCGUUUUUUUUUGAAAUUGACGUUAAAAAAUUUUAUAAAGAUUAUUAAUUUCGGUUCUCAUUUAUACUCAGUUCGUUUUUUUCUUAAAUUUUUUUCCGACCUACCGACCUCUAUUUUUAAUGUCAAAUCCAUAAACCAAUAAAUAAAAAAAGUCUCGCCUAACUACAUAAUAAUUUAUAUGAAAUCUCAUGAAUUCAUCCAGUCACAAAGAAUUGAGAUUCUAUCCAGUACUUCGGGACAACGGGUGAGACCCUGUGAAACAGGUUGGUUCUUGGAUUGGGUUAGUUUUUAAAAUAUAUUCUGCUCGACCAGGUUUCAAGUAUCAUGUGACCAGUAUAAAGACGUUUGAUGGGCUUAUUCCUUCAUGAACUAUUUCUACACGGCUAAAAACGCACAGGUUGUUGCAAGUUGAUAUCGACAGGCGUGAACAAUGUUGUGCGGCCAACUAUGAACAAGUUGUCAACCAUGUUGUUGCAAGUUGUUACAGUUGAACAAUACUGCAACAACAUGUUGACAAUACUGUUCAUAGUGGGCUGCACAACAUUGUUCACGCCUGUCGAUAUCAACUUGCAACAGGUUGUUGAUUUUCUCAAUUUUUACGCGUGUACAGGUCGAUGGUCAGCGUACAGAUCAUGGUUUCCAGGGGAGUACGGCUAUGGUCGUCUUUAUAUCGCAAACGCUACUCAUCUCUCAUGGACACAAGUAUUUAGUACAACAGGAGAUGUGGAAGAUCAUAUAUGGAUAGCACAGGAUAAUCAUGGACCAUUUAAUAAACCACUACUUAUCUAGUGUUAACCAAUACAAGAUUCCCCUCAUUACGUUUCGUAGCGCUUUGCAUUAUGGUUAUAGUGGUAUCACUGAUACUCGGGAUGGCUUAUUUUUUGUCCUGACCCGUGCAAGAACUUUAAAAAAAGCUAGUGUCAGGUACGCGAUAGCCAACAGCAAAAUACCGUAUUCGCGGAAACAUUCAAUAUUUUCAUUCGAGGCCGCUUUCUUUAUCAGUGAUACCACUAUAACCACAAUGCAAAGCGCUACGAAAACGUAAUAAGGGGAAUCAUCAAUUUCACUAUACAGGCUUUUUCCAACGGACUCCGACAAAGUUGGGCCAACAUCAUACAGCAAUGAUGUUUGUGAUGUUACUCUGAGUGUAUAUCCACACCGGGCGAGCUUGAAAAAUAUGCCCGGCCACGGUGGGAAUCGAACCUACGACCUUUGUCCGGACCGCGUAGCUCAGUUGGCAGAGCAUUGGGCUAGUAUUCCAAAGGUCGUAGGUUCGAUUCCCACCGUGGCCGGGCAUAUUUUUCAAGCUCGCCCGGUGUGGAUAUACACUCAGAGUAACAUCACAAACAUCAUAUUCACCUCAGUACACAGAAAAAAAAUCAUGCAACAAUGUUGACAUAUUUGAUUAUUAAUCUUCAAUCUUCAAAUUUUUCAAAUAUUUGGGAUAAAAUCAUAGGAUUUAUUCAAAAUGAAAAUCUGUGCUUUCAAAUAUUUGUGAAGAAACAGUUAGUAGAAAAAAUUAUUUUAAAAUCGUUCGAUGUUGGGGCAAGAGCUCCGAAGCAGCAGAUGGUGGUCAACGUCAGAAAUAUGCCCGGCCAUGCAGUUCUUCCAAAGCAGGUUAGGCUAAUCCUGUCACAAGUUGUGAACAGGUUUGGAACAACUUGUUGACAACUUGUAACAACCUUGUCAAAAUUAUCAGACUUCGGUUGCAAGGUUGUUCUGACAAGUCCGUUACAUGCUUGAUAUAACAAGAUUGUUACAACCUGGUGUUGACAACCUUGUAAAGCCUGGUUCACAUAUGCCUGCGACUGUAUCAUUAUGCCUCUACUUGCCGCCGAAAUACUGGCAAAGUUGAACUCAAGUCAACUUUCCCGGCCUACCGCCGAUGUAACUAUGGCACUGGAGGCAAUCGGCGAACAAAUGUUCACAUAAUUUACGUUUUAAAGCUACCAUCGGCAUCGUCGCCGGUACGUCGCAGGCAUAUAUGUGAACCAGGCUUAACAUCCUUGUUAUAUCAUGGCUUAUUAUUAAUAAUAUGGUAUAUUAUUAAUAAUAAUAAUAAACAUGUCAGAACAAACUUGUCACAAGUCUGCAAACAAGUUGUUACACGUCUGUUCACAAGCUGUCAACAAGUUAUGCUCGCACUGCUUGUUCCCAGUUUGUUGUAACAAGUUUGAAACAAGCUGUUAACAACUUGUAACAAGCUUGAUGGCAUUAUCAGCCUUGUUACAAGUUUGUUCUGACAUGUUUGUUACAGCCAUGAUAUAACAAGGAUGUUACAAGGUUGUCAACACCAAUCUUGUUAUAUCAAGCAUGUAACGGACUUGUCAGAACAACCUUGCAACAAGUCUGAUAAUUUCGACAAGGUUGUUACAACUUGUCAACAAGUUGUUCCAAACCUGUUCACAACUUGUGACAAGCAGUGCGAAUACAUCUUGUUGGCGGCUUGUUGACAGACUUGUUACAAGAUGUGAGUUUUUUACGUGUGUAGGUUAACAUGAAACCUCAAAGCAAACUUUCUAAAAAAUUGUUUAUAAAUUUCGAAAUGUUUUUACAGAAAUCUUGUCUGGAUUAAUUGAAAUUGGUACGUUUCAAAAUAAACAAAUUGUAGAGACCAAUUCCUUUUAUACAAAUUCCUUAUUUGCCAUGCAACUUUUGAAAUUCCUUUUAUAUAGACAAUUAAAUUAUAGAGACCAAUCCCUUUAUAGAAUAUUCCUUAUUUGCAAUUCCUUUUAUAGACAAAUUUUUCAGAUUUUUAUAGAAUAUAAUGAAGAGAAUAGACAUUAUAGACUCUUUCUGAUAUGAACAUAACUGCUGGUUGACCACCGCCUGGAGUAUUGGUAGCAAGAGCCAAGGGGGAUUUUAAGCUUUAAUUUAUUUAUGUGCUGAAUAAUUUUGGGUGUGGAUUACAAUGUCAUAUUUUAUAAUAUAUAAUCAAGUAUACAGGGUGUGUAAGACCUUUAGAAAUUAACCUUAUUAAAUAUAAUUUGAAUGCUAUAAGCACUAUGCUGAACACAUGCAAGAAUGCGAAAACACAAUUGAAUUGAAUUUUUAAUUACCAGGAGCAAAAUAUAUCGUGCUUAACAACAAUAGAUUAAUUUCUAAAGGUUUCCUUUUUUAUGAUACACCCUGUAUAUAAAUCUGAAUAAAAGUUGCUUUAUACAGGCCUGGUUUUAGUAUAUGAUUCAAACAUGAAAUACGAAUUAAUAGUUUCAAAACAGUAAUAUAGACUAAUCAGUUUGUCUAGACUUAAACCAGUUGUUCCCUCGUCAAGCAUGGUGACUAAAACAACCGGUUUAAUUUAAGACUCUGUAGAUAAACUCGAAAAUAUCAAUAACCGACAAAGAAAGACAUGAAUUAGUAGUAUUUCAGAUAUGAAUUAGUAAUGAUGACGGGCCUGCUCAUGAAUACGUCU